AUGAUGGAGAUGAAGAGUCGCUUUGAGGAAGAGUCUGGUGCACAAAAGACCGAGAUUGCGGCACUGAAGAAGCAGCUGAACAAAGCCGAGGAAGAGAUUGCAAAGCUGAGAGGAGAUGCCGCUGCUUUGGGCAAGUCAGUGGGUGAAUUUGGAAGCAUCGUGAAGGAGAAAGCCUUUCCAAAUCCGGAGCCACAGAUUACGGCUGCAAAAGUGGUGGAAGAAGUGAAACGCACGGUCUCCCAAGUUGUAGAUGAGCAAGUAUGGGAAACAGUUGAGAGGAAGAGCAGGGUUCGCUCCAUUCGCAUCACCGGGCUUGAGGAAACCCCAGGGGAAGAUCCGAACUGUGUCAAGGACAAGGUGAUUGCUUUGUUCAGGGACCGCAUGAAGAUUGCAAACGCUGCAGAUCUGGUGGAGACCGCUGCCAGGGUGGGUCAGAAGAAGCAAGCGGAUGGUCACCCCCGCACGGUCCUGGUGAAAGUUCUGAGCGAGCAGGGAAAGAGGAGAAUCCUGAUGGCAAAGCCGCGCCUGAGGGGCCUGCAAGUUGGAGUAGAUGAGGACCGCACACCAAGACAGCAGGCUGAGCACUUCCGGUUGGUCAAACUCAUGAAGGAUGCUAGGGCCGAGAAGAAGCACGCUCGGAUUGUCGGUGGGCGCCUCUUUGUCAACGGCGUUCUGGAUCUCUUCCUGUGUCUGGCUUACCUGCCACCAGACGGUUCAACGUGGUAUCAGCAAAUAGGAACUUCAAUAGAAGAGAUCUUUGAGCAAGUGACCCAGGAUGCAGCUGUGGCGAUGUCCCUUGGAGAAGUGCUUCUGGCUGGAGACCUGAAUGCACGCACCAGUUCCUUCUGCGAUUGGUUGGACAUGGGGGACAUUGAGCUCUUUGCUGGAGUUUCUGAUGUAGAGAGUUCUGGCGAGCUGGAGUUCACGCCCCCAAGAGCUUCCGAAGAUAAAGUGGUCAAUAGAGCAGGGAGGUUGCUUCUUGAGUUCUGCAAGGCAGCAGACUGCAGAAUUUUGAACGGGCGUGUCCAAGGGGAUGAAGCAGGGAGUGCCACGUGUUUCCCAGCGGGUGGUGGAAGCAGCUUAGUAGAUGUUUUCGUCGCUUCAGCUUCGUUGGCCCAACAAGCGGACAAGCUGGUUGUCUCAGAUGCAUUGCCUGAUUCAGAUCAUAGGAUGGUCACUCUGGGCCUAAGAGUGGGUGAUCAGCUCCUCCAAGAAAAGAAAGCUCGAACCAAGGCUGAUGCCAGUCUGACAGGACCCAAAUUCUCAAAAGUCAAAGAGGAGGGAAUUCCUGUGUUUAAAGCAAUGCUCGCUAAUUCGACAGAGUUGCAAGCUUUGGCUGAAAACUUAGAGGCCAUGGGGCCUGGAGAAGCAGCGACUGUCCUGGAGAAUGCCAUUAGGAGUGCUGGGCUGUGUGCAUUCCCUUCGCCCUCUUCAAGAAAGGAGUUCGCAACUCGUAGCCCAAUCUGGUUCGAUGGAGAGUGCAAAGCUGUCCGCAAGAGAUUCUUAGAUGCUCUGAAGGCAGGGGGCGCUUCUCACUUGAGCAGUCAGCUCAAGAAGGAGUAUAGGAAGAUUGUUAGGCGUAAAAAGAGGGCGUUCAACAAGUAUAGGGCAGCAAAGUUAGAAGACCAGAUGCAAAACAGCCCUGCAAGCUUCUGGAAGCAGUUCCAAAAACGAGCCCAGGGUUUAGGAAGGGAACACGAGGCUGGUCUGUUGAAGCAUUGCCAAAGUUUGUAUAGUCAGUCAGAAACGGGGUUAGCCUCGGCUGGGGUUCAGCAAAGGGAGAAGCGCCGAGCACGACAGGGUGGGAGGGCAGAGGAGAGUCUGGAGGUGGCGAUAACGGAGGCGGAAGUAAAGACGGCAUUGAGGUCUUUGAAAAACGGAAAGAGCCCGGAUUUGGGGGGUUUUACUGCGGAGCUAUUGAAAGCUGGGGAGGAUCAUCUGCUCCAGGUACUGACGGGGACCUUCAACAGGGUCUUUGAUGAGGGGGUGUUUCCGGAUAGUUGGAAUGAGGGGGCAUUGGUGGCAAUCUUUAAAAAAGGAGACCCGGCAGAUUACGGAAACUACAGAACGGUGACGGUGGGACCCGUGCUGGGCAAGUUGUAUGCCGCGGUGGUGAACCGGCGGUUAACCGAGUGGGCGGAAAAGGAGCAGGUCCGGGCGCGGGGGCAGGCGGGAUUCCGGAAGGGGUUUAGGGGGGCGGACCAUAUGCUGGCGCUGCGGGUUCUGACGGAGCGGUGGGGACGAG